CCGGGAUCAGCGGGCCGGGGGUGGCCGGGCCCGGGACGCCGCCCCGCCCCGCCCUCGCCUUCCCUCGCUGUCGCCCGCCGCCCGCCCCUCCUUCCCCCCCCCCCCCCCCCCAUCCCUCCCCUCAUGGCGGCGGAGCGCGCGGGCACCGGCCCCUCCCGCCGCCCGCUCCGGCCUCCCCCUCCCCUUUCGCUGGCGGCGGCGGGGCCGUGAGGGGCGGUGACCGCAGAGACCUAACAUUGAGAUAUUUAAGAAGUGAAUACCUCUGGAUUUUGCAGCAAAAUUGUGAGUUUAUAUGGAAGACAUGCUGUGGCUGUUCUCAAACUCUCUUACAAGCUGAUUUCAAUGUUUCCGUGUUGCAUCAUCUUGCGUUGAGCAACAGAAGUUCUGCUGUUCGUUGAUCAAUGUGACAGUCUUUAGUAGUUUACGAGAUGAGCCAAACUCGUGGGAGAUAUGACUUCUGUAUUGGUCUGGUGCUGGCUAUGAGUUCCAGCAUUUUCAUCGGAGGAAGCUUCAUCCUGAAAAAGAAAGGUCUUCUCCGGUUAGCUCGGAAAGGCUCCAUGAGAGCAGGUCAAGGUGGUCAUGCAUACCUUAAGGAGUGGCUGUGGUGGGCUGGACUGCUUUCAAUGGGAGCUGGCGAAGUAGCUAACUUUGCUGCCUAUGCUUUUGCACCAGCUACGUUAGUGACUCCUUUAGGGGCUCUCAGUGUUCUUGUAAGUGCCAUUCUGUCGUCCUUCUUUUUAAAUGAAAAACUUAAUCUGCAUGGAAAAAUAGGGUGUUUGCUAAGUAUACUGGGAUCAACUGUGAUGGUAAUUCACGCUCCGCAGGAGGAGGAAGUAGAAACUUUGGAUGAAAUGUCCCACAAGCUGGGUGACCCAGGUUUUGUGGUCUUCGCAACUCUCGUCGUCAUCGUGUCUUUAAUUCUGAUAUUUGUGGUGGGACCUCGCCAUGGACAGACCAACAUCCUCGUGUACAUAACAAUUUGCUCUGUCAUUGGGGCAUUAUCGGUCUCCUGCGUCAAAGGUUUGGGCAUCGCUAUAAAGGAACUUUUUGCAGGAAAACCAGUGCUGAAACAUCCCUUGUCUUGGGUUCUGCUGCUAAGCCUUAUUGUCUGUGUGAGCACGCAGAUCAACUAUUUAAACAGGGCUCUGGAUAUAUUCAACACCUCGAUAGUGACGCCGAUAUAUUACGUCAUCUUUACAACAUCCGUUUUAACGUGCUCUGCCAUCCUUUUCAAGGAGUGGCAGCACAUGGCGGCCGAUGACAUUAUCGGCACCUUCAGUGGCUUCCUGACUAUCAUCGUGGGGAUUUUUUUAUUGCAUGCCUUCAAAGAUGUGAACUUCACGCUGGCAAACCUGCCCGUCUCUCUGCGGAAGGACGACAGAGCAGCGAAUGGUACUUUGCUGAGCACGUCCGACUGCUUUAACCACGAUGAAGAGAGUUCGGCCUGUCUAGGUGAAAUACAAUCCACCGAGACUCUCUCAGCCAGGAGGAAUGGAAGUCUGUCAGCCUUCUGAAAAUAUCGACGUGUUACUUAAGAAAAGAACAAUUCUGUAACUCUGGAAUUUUUUUUUUUUUUCUUUUCUGCUGUGAAACGUCUGAGCUUGUCUGGAAAAUCAUGUACUUUUUAACAGUCUGUGUAGACAAUCGUUAAUUUUUAAGUUCAAGUAGCUUGGAUAAAGAACACUGCAGGGGGGUUUUAUUUGCCUUAUUUUUACUUUAAAAAAUACUAAAAUGACCUCAGACCACAGUCGGUUUUGUCGCUUAAGUUAUGUGUAAAUACUUUGAUUUCAUUCUUCUAAGAUGUAUUGCCCUAAUGACGAUUUUAUCAAAAAUAAAUCGCUUUAUUUCUGCAUUGGUGGUAAAAA